GUUGAAUCAACGUGGCGGUCUCUUGCGCAACACUCCAUUGCACUACGCUGCAUAUCGCGGUCAUGUUGAUAUCUUACAACUGUUGCUUAACCAUGGUGCCAGUGUGAACACGGUGGACUUUUGGGGUGAUACACCAUUGCACAAAGCUGCAUCUCGCGGUCAUGUUGAUAUCUUACAACUGUUGCUUAACCAUGGUGCCAGUGUGAACACGGUGAACAACAUGGGUGAUACACCAUUGCACGACGCUGCAUAUCGCGGUCAUGUUGAUAUCUUACAACUGUUGCUUAACCAUGGUGCCAGUGUGAACACGGUGGACUAUAAGGGUCCUACACCAUUGCACUACGCUGCAUCUCGGGGUCAUGUUGAUAUCUUACAACUGUUGCUUAACCAUGGUGCCAGUGUGAACGCGGUGGACAAUUAUGGUCAUACACCAUUGCUCUACGCUGCAUAUAACGGUCGUGUUGAUAUCUUACAACUGUUGCUUAACCUUGGUGCCAGUGUGAACACGGUGAACAAGAAUGGUGCUACACCAUUGUACUACGCUGCAUCUCGGGGUCAUGUUGAUAUCUUACAACUGUUGCUUAACCAUGGUGCCAGUGUGAACGCGGUGAACAACAUGGGUGAUACACCAUUGCACAAAGCUGCAUCUGAAGGUCAUGUUGAUAUCUUACAACUGUUGCUUAACCAUGGUGCCAGUGUGAACACGGUGGACUUUUGGGGUCAUACACCAUUGCACAAAGCUGCAUCUCACGGUCAUGUUGAUAUCUUACAACUGUUGCUUAACCAUGGUGCCAGUGUGAACACGGUGGACAAUGAGGGUGAUACACCAUUACACAAAGUUGCAUUUGAAGGUCAUGUUGAUAUCUUACAACUGUUGCUUAACCAUGGUGCCAGUGUGAACACGGUGGACUUUUGGGGUCAUACACCAUUGCACAAAGCUGCAUCUCACGGUCAUGUUGAUAUCUUACAACUGUUGCUUAACCAUGGUGCCAGUGUGAACACGGUGGACAAUGAGGGUGAUACACCAUUACACAAAGUUGCAUUUGAAGGUCAUGUUGAUAUCUUACAACUGUUGCUUAACCAUGGUGCCAGUGUGAACACGGUGGACUUUUGGGGUCAUACACCAUUGCACAAAGCUGCAUCUCACGGUCAUGUUGAUAUCUUACAACUGUUGCUUAACCAUGGUGCCAGUGUGAACACGGUGGACAAUGAGGGUGAUACACCAUUACACAAAGUUGCAUUUGAAGGUCAUGUUGAUAUCUUACAACUGUUGCUUAACCAUGGUGCCAGUGUGAACACGGUGGACUUUUGGGGUCAUACACCAUUGCACAAAGCUGCAUCUCACGGUCAUGUUGAUAUCUUACAACUGUUGCUUAACCAUGGUGCCAGUGUGAACACGGUGGACUAUGAGGGUGCUACACCAUUGCACGAAGCUGCAUCUCAAGGUCAUGUUGAUAUCUUACAACUGUUGCUUAACCAUGGUGCCAGUGUGAACACGGUGGACUAUGAGGGUGCUACACCAUUGCACGAAGCUGCAUCUCAAGGUCAUGUUGAUAUCUUACAACUGUUGCUUAACCAUGGUGCCAGUGUGAACACGGUGGACUAUGAGGGUGCUACACCAUUGCACGAAGCUGCAUCUCAAGGUCAUGUUGAUAUCUUACAACUGUUGCUUAACCAUGGUGCCAGUGUGAACACGGUGGACUAUGAGGGUGCUACACCAUUGCACGAAGCUGCAUCUCAAGGUCAUGUUGAUAUCUUACAACUGUUGCUUAACCAUGGUGCCAGUGUGAACACGGUGGACUAUGAGGGUGCUACACCAUUGCACGAAGCUGCAUCUCAAGGUCAUGUUGAUAUCUUACAACUGUUGCUUAACCAUGGUGCCAGUGUGAACACGGUGGACUAUGAGGGUGCUACACCAUUGCACGAAGCUGCAUCUCAAGGUCAUGUUGAUAUCUUACAACUGUUGCUUAACCAUGGUGCCAGUGUGAACACGGUGGACUAUGAGGGUGCUACACCAUUGCACGAAGCUGCAUCUCAAGGUCAUGUUGAUAUCUUACAACUGUUGCUUAACCAUGGUGCCAGUGUGAACACGGUGGACUAUGAGGGUGCUACACCAUUGCACGAAGCUGCAUCUCAAGGUCAUGUUGAUAUCUUACAACUGUUGCUUAACCAUGGUGCCAAUGUGAACACGGUGGACUAUGAGAGUGAUACACCAUUGCACAAAGCUGCAUCUCGGGGUCGUGUGAAAUGCAUUAAGGUUUGUUUCUCUCGUGAGAUAGUCAAUGUUCAGCAGCUCAGUUAAUCCUCGCAAUUUUUGCUAGAAAUAG